CAGGCUCCGCCCCCUCCUCCACAGAGUGUCAGUCUGUGGCUUCAUCAUGGCGUCUCUCAGCCUCCUGCUGCUCAGUGCAGCUCUGAUUCAUGCAGCUCAGACUCUACCUGCAGCCCGUGAGGGUGGGCGUGGCCAGGACGUGUCAGUGGGCGGAGUCAGACGCCAGCGCAGGGAGCUUGGUGAGCAGUUGCCCUAUGAGGACCAGGUGAUGUCAUACUCUUCUCUGCAACCUGGGGGCGGGGCCAACGACCUCUACUACCAAUCAGAGGACUGGAGGGGGCGAGGCAUCGAUACGGCUCUGCAGCGAUUGGUGGAAAGAGAGGAGAGGCGGGAGCAGAGGGAGGAGCAGCGAGCAGCUUACCUGGCCGCAUUGCUCCGCCUCCUGAGCGAGGCAGAGAGCACAGGAUUGGUGGGUCCGGCUGACGUGGAGGUUGUGGAGGAGGAGGAUGAAGAGGACCAGGAGCCUCCUCAGGACUUCCAGGGUCCUGCAGGGGUGGACUACGAUGAGACAGGGAGGGGGAUGAGCAUGGGGCGGCCCUCAGCUGCCAGGUGGGGCCUGGUGGAGCCACAGAUGGCCCAGGUGCUGCUGGACAGGCUGGACCCUCGGCUGGUCCAGAGCCUUCUGCAGAGAGCGAGACAGGUGGGUCGAGCCCCUUCAGAACCCACCCGAGACCAGGACACCCUCAGGAGGAUGAUCACUAAGGUUCUGUCCAGCAUCGGGCCCAAUGAGGCCCAACCUAUCAGAACCAGGAGGGACCUGUCAGUCAAAGCAGCUGACUCUGGAAGCUCCGCCCACAGGCGAACGCGCCGCUCCCUGGAUGACACGUCUGCUCCUCCGUCACCUAACAACCAGCCGAGCCUCCUCCGGGUGAAACGACUGGAGGAUGAAGAGGAGGAGGAGGAGAAGCUCCGCCCACAAGUCACCGCGCUGCAGAGGAUGAAACGCAUCGACACCAUGGCAACCGCUGACGCAGCAGAACUGAAUCAUGGGAGCCGCAGGCGCCGCAGGAGAGCUGCCCCGACCUUUGACCCCCAGGUACUGAUGGAUCAGAUCCUGGAGUACCUGAGGGAGUGAGAGGAGGAGCAGGAGGAGCAGGAGCAGGAGGAGGGCUCACAUUUUCUUCUCUUUUAAUCACUUCUUUAGUUUUGCUGCUUCUGUAAAACUGUUUGUUUGUUUGUUUGUUUGUUUGUUUGUUUGUUGUCGUAACGAGGACACUUGUUCUCUUUGAUCUGUCAUGUUGUAAACUACAUUACUCAUGAGCCUCAGCAGUCUUUCUUCUCAGCUGCUGAAACAAAAUCUAAAGGUUUCAUCAAAUCACCUCUGAGCAAAUAAAUAAAUAAAUAAAUAAAUAAAUAAAUAAAUAAAUAAAUAAAUA